UGUUUAAUUUUUGAACGGAAGCGAUUGAAGAAUUAUCUAUCGUAAAGAAUAAUAAUAAAAAAAAGAAAGCAGAGGUUGGAAAAAGAAAAGGUUGAAGGGAAAAUCGAGGAAAAGGAAGAAGAAGGAAUGAGUGCUACUACUCUCUCUCUAACUCCCACCCCUCUCGUGGGUUCUUCUUCUUAUCAUUAUUCCAAUCCAAACCCUAAUUUCAAUGCCUUCUUCUUCUUUUCCUCCAAUUACAACCCUAAACUCAAACCAACAACCCUAUCAUCAUCAUCAUCUAGGACCACGUGUGUUUAUGGACACGUGAAUAGAGAUUCAGAUUACGAAGUUGAAAAUGGGUUAGGCUAUUUUGAUUCCGAUGAGGAACUAGGCACUCUUGUUCGAACUCAGGUUCAAACUGUCGCCGAAGGAUCACCCUCCAGCAGGCCAUCUGACUACGACCCUGCUCCUGAUGUUGAUUAUCUACAGGAGUUAUUGGCCAUUCAACAACAAGGACCUAGAACUAUUGGCUUUUUUGGAACACGGAACAUGGGAUUCAUGCACCAGGAAUUAAUUGAGAUUCUUAGCUAUGCUAUGGUUAUAACUAAAAACCACAUAUACACAUCUGGAGCAUCUGGGACAAAUGCAGCUGUUAUCCGGGGUGCUUUAAGAGCAGAGAAACCAGAAUUGCUUACAGUUAUAUUACCCCAAAGUUUAAGCAAACAGUCUCCUGAGAGUCAGGAGCUGUUAUCCAAGGUGAAAAAUGUGAUAGAGAAGCCCCAUAAUGAUCAUCUACCUUUAUUAGCAGCCAGCAGGCUAUGUAAUAUGGAUAUCAUUUCACAUGUCCAGCAAGUCAUUUGCUUUGCUUUCCACGACAGUAGGUUGCUGAUGGAAACAUGUCAAGAAGCAAAAAAUAUGCGGAAAAUUGUGACUCUCUUCUACCUUGACUGAGGCAAUUUUUAUCCAUGUGUAUACAUUAUUUCUCUGCCUAAGUAGGGGUUGGGAGGGUAGUGCUUAUCUUUAGUUUGUAAUUAGUAUUUCAUUAUUGUUUUAAAGAUUAGUUAGAAAGGUAAACUUAAUCACAUUAUUGGAGAAUGGCUGUAGACUUUUCAUUUUAAAACAGAGGACGUUGUCCUUAUAUUUACUCAAAACUCUAUUUUGGGCAGUGAAAUUGAUUGGAUGCACACGUUUGAACCGUUUAAA